AUGGGUCCUGGGUUCUCUGGUCUUGUCGUGUCUCUCAUCCUUGGCACACAACUCUCUUAUGCUACACUAUAUACCGACCCAUCCCAGCUCCCUCGAAAAGAUUAUGACUACAUCGUCGUCGGAGCGGGUGCCGGCGGAGCUGUUGUUGCUAAUCGUCUGUCCGAAGAUUCCAAGGUUCAAGUCUUGCUCCUCGAGGCUGGCGAAAAUUCUGCGGGCUUAGAGAAUUUUGCCAUUCCAUUCUUUGAUGUGCAGCUCUCACCAAACAAGGAACAUAACUGGAAUUUUACUACUACCAAGCAAGUUGGUUUGGCCAAUCGUGCUAUCAAUUAUCCACGAGGCAAGAUUCUAGGCGGCUCAACCUCUAUAAACUACAUGAUCUACUCGCGUGGAUCAGCUGACGACUUUGACCGGUAUGCAAACGUCACUGGUGACGGUGGUUGGAGCUGGAACGCUCUCCAGCCUUAUAUCAAGAAGCACGAACGAGUGGUUCCACCAGCAGACGGUCACGACACCACUGGGCAGAUUGAUAUAUCCGCUCAUGGUACGUCGGGGCCUUUGGGGGUUUCAUUGCCCGGAUGGCCAUUGGGUAUCGACAGCAUGGUCAUGGAGACGACUAAACAGCUACCGGAGGAGUUUCCAUUUAGUCACGACACGAACGCCGGGACCGCGCUUGGCAUCGGUUGGACACAGAACAUGGUGGAGAAAGGACAGCGCGUCAGCUCCUCGACUGGUUACAUCCAACCUUACCUCAAGAGGUCGAACUUCGAUGUCUUGAUCAAUACACAGGCGACGAAGCUCAUCCAGACAGGCACUGAGCGUGGUAUACCUUCAUUCCGUGGAGUACAAUUCGCAACCUCCAAGGAUGCACCCCUCUAUGCCCGGAACGCCACCAAGGAACUCAUCCUUUCCGGCGGUGUAUUCGGUACUCCACAGCUCCUCAUGCUGUCCGGAAUUGGUCCUUCCGCCGACCUCGCCUCUCUUAAGAUUCCUACCGUUGUCGACAGUCCAGAUGUUGGCAAGCAUCUCGUUGACCAUCCUCUCCUGUCAAACGUCUACGAGGUCAACCCUGUUGGAAGCGUCACCACCGAUGAUCUGGUACAGAACUCCACUUUUGCGGCGCAGCAAUUGGAUCUGUGGCGUACUCAGAAGAAGGGUUUCUACACGAUGGCUAUCUCGAACCACAUCGGCUGGUUUAGAUUGCCCAAGAAUGCAUCCAUUUUCCAAACUGAGACAGACCCCGCUGCCGGUCCUCGCUCGAGUCAUUACGAGUUUUUGAUAUUUAAUGGCUUUGUGUCCCCUAAUGGCGAUUUCGUCCAAUCGGGUCACUACUUGUCCAUGAUCACCUCGGUCACUUCUCCGUCCUCCCGCGGCACUUUGAAGCUUGCUUCCGCAUCACCUUGGGACCUUCCCAUCGCCAAUCCCGGGAUCUUGAGCUCUGCGUUCGACAAAUUCACUAUCCGUGAAUCCAUCAAGGCGACAAAGCGAAUGGUGGCAGCACCCGCAUGGGCAAACUAUGUCCUAGGGCCAUACGGAGAUCUUGCCACAGCUGAGACCGAUGCCGAGCUCGACGCAUAUGCAGCCAAAAACACCGCCAGCUUUAACCAUCCUCUCGGCACGGCAGCCAUGGGUCCAUAUGGCCCUCCCGCGUAUGGAAAGGGAGCGGUUAACCCGGAUUUGACGGUGAAGGGAGUGAGAGGUCUGCGUGUUGUUGAUGGCAGUAUUCUGCCUGCAAUCCCAGCAGCCGCACCCCAGGCUGCUAUCUACAUAAUGGCAGAGCGCGCUGCGGAUCUUAUCAAGAACGCCAACAGGCAGCAACACCCUUAACUGUCACCCCGAUCGCUCAUUAAUUUAUUGGUCACGCCUGAUUCCACCCAUCGGACUACUCAUCUAGCGCCAUUACCGUUACUUUCAAUUUCUAGGCUCAUCCACUUCAUUCGCGUAUUCUUAUCGUCCAUACUCUCUAAGUUAUGUCCACAAGUACAGUAGCUAUCUGCCCGGUAGACCAUCCCACAAUCCUUUUGUGUAUUUAUUAUAUGCAUCCCGCUCUGAUUGAAACGCUCUGUACACAUUUCAUGCAUGUUCAGUAGCUUUCAUCAAUACAUCGCAAGGAUUCAUAUUCUUCUCUG